UGUUUGUGUUUCAGUUGCAAAUUAACAAAUUCCAGUAAUAGUAGUCAGUAGUAGUAGUUUAAAUCAUGUUUGUUCUGAGAAAGCAAAAGUCUUUAAUUGUUUCAAAACGACUUUGGUGCCUAACAGACACUGCAAUGCAAAAUGUAUUGAAUAUUUUCUUCAGUGACAGUUGUUACUAUAAACACCAGUACAGUACAGGUUUGGAAGCUGCUGUAAAUAAACAAAUUCAAGCAGAACAGCAAGCAGCUCAUGAGUACUUGAACUUGGCCGUAUCAUUUCUACACCCAAGUGUCUCUAGACUUGGAACCGGGGGUUUCUUCAUAAGAAUGUACCAUGAAGAGCUCCAGCAUAUGGAGGAUUUGAUUCAGUAUCAACUUUAUAGAGGAGGCAUUCCCACAAUUAAGGCAUUAAAUGCACCUGUGCCAAAAGACAAAAUUACAAUGCUUGAAGCUUUCAAACAUGUGUUAGAUAUGGAACAUUGUGUCACAGAUCUAAUAAAAACUCUCGUUUCAACUGCAGAAAAGGAUAAAGACUAUCAUUGUGCUAAUUUCCUUAUAACAGUUUUUCUCAAGGAACAAAUGAAUUCCAUCCACAACUUAUCCCAGCAUGUGACUCACAUUGCCAGAAUCAGUGAAGAUCCUGAUGCGCUACAUCAGUAUGACAAAUAUCUUCAAACAACUUACCCCUACAAAUCUAAGCCUCCACACAAAUAAUGUUACUUUCUUGCAAAUAAAAAAACUUAUUGCA